AAAAAAAAAUUACUAUACCACAUGAACAAUAUUCACGUAUUAUUGGACGAAGUGGUUCAAAUUUAAAUGUUUUACGUGAAGUAACUGGUGCAUCGAUUGAUGUCGAAAAUAAAAAAGCAAUUGGUGAUAAAACUAUUUUAAUUAAAGGUAAUGGUGAUUCAAUAAAACAUGCUUAUCAAUUAAUAAUGGCAUUGUUGAAAAAUUCUGAAUCUGAAUUAAUGAAUUUAUUACCAUCAAGUAAUGAAAAUAAAACAAAAUCAAGAUCGACAACAAUUACAUCUAAUAAUGAACAUAAUAAUGAUGAAAUAAAUAAAGUACAAAGAACAAAUAGUACAAAUUAUGGAACAAGAAUACAAAAUACUGAAUCUUCCAUAUCAGAUACUCAUGUAUCAAUUCCAUCAUCUAAAUCAACAACAAAUAAUACUCGUAUAUCGAAUUUAUCAACUAAAAAAAGUACAACAACAAAUUCUUCAAAUAUAUCCAAUCGUUCAACAUCAUCAUCAACAAAUAAAAAUUCUCAACCAUUAACAACUACUGGUGCAACAUGGGUUAAUUCAAAUCGAUCAAAUCGUAGUACAACAUCAUCUAUAACAACAAAUUCUACAUCAUCAAAUUCAACAACAGUAUGGAAUCAUCAACAAUUAUCAUCAAAAUCAUCUUCAAAUCAUAAUAAAUCAUCUAAUAAUACAAAUCAUUAUUCAACAAAUCAAACAAAUACUUCAUCAUCAUAUCAUUAUUCAUAUUCAAAUGUCAAUAAUUCAAUAAAUAAUCAUAAUCAUUAUGGACAUUUAUCAAAUAAACAAACAUCAUCAUUAUCAUCUAAUAAACAUUAUUCAACAAAUUAUUAUCAAAAAGGUGAACAUUCAACACCAUCCGAAACAACAACAACAACAACAACAACAGUCCAUUCAUCACCAAAUUCAAUUGUUCCAUCUCAACCAGGCCAUCGAAUUCCAGUACAACCACCUCCAAUAUCUUCUACAGUAUCAACUAUUUCAUCGACAUCAUCGUCAUCUGAAUCUAUUUCAUCAUCAACAACGCCGUCAUCAUCUACUUUACUUGCUGCUUCAUCAACAACACCAACUCCAACUAAUGUAACAACAGCUGGUGAAUAUAAUCCAUUUGCAUCAAAUAUUCUUACAACAUCAAUUGUUGAUGUUUUAACGAAACCUAAAGAAUCAGUAACAUCUAUUGAUGAAACAAAUUCUAAUUCAACAACAAAAAUGAAUUUUGCUAAUGUUGCAAAAAUGAAUGUACCAACAAAAUCAUCACAUCAUGAAUCAAUUGUUAUAACAAUGGAUGAAUCAUUAUCACCACCACCAGAUCCUAAAAUUGCUCCUGGUUAUCGUGGACCAUCAAGUACCGGUACAACACCUAUACAUCAACAUCAACAUCAACAUCAACAUCAACAUCAACAUCAUCAACAACAACAACAACAACAAAUAAUUCGUACAACAAAUUUUAAUUCUAUUUCACCAACAACACAAUUAAUGCGUGCACCAGGUGCUAAUAGAAAUCAACAAUCAAUAUCACCAUCAAUGAAUAAAAUAGUUCUUGAUCAAAAUGGUCAAACAGGUUCAUCAACAACAUCAUCAACAUCAUCAUCACCAUCAUCAAUUAAACAACAAACAAAUCAAUUUAUUCAACCACAACAAUUAUUUAAUUCAUUAGAUCAACAACAACAACAACAACCAUUUGGACCUAUUGGAUCACAUCGUACACAAAUAUCAACAACAGCUGAUGUUACAUUUAAUGAAAAUCCACUUCAAAUGAGAACUAAAUUUAAUCGAACAUUAUCAGCUAAUAAUACUCCUAUGUACCAACAAGUACCACCAACACCACCAAUGCUUAAUAAUCCAGCUUAUGCUAAUAUGUCACGUAGUAGAUCGAAUCUCAAUCCAACUGCACCAGAAUUUCAACACUGUAAUCGUUUACCACCACCAUUUAUGCCACCACCACCACCACAAGCACCCAUGUCAAAUGGACCAUUAUCAGCAAAUAUCAUGAAUAUUGCUCGUAUGAUGGAACAAAAACAACAACAACAACAACAACAACAGCAACAACAAUUAUAUACAAAUAAUACAAAUCCUUCCAUACAUCCACCACCACCACCACCACCACCGCCACAAGUUUUACCACCUAUACGUCCACUUCAACAAGCUGAUAUGGAGGCAAUGCAACAACAUGUACAAAAUCAAGUUUUACAUUUUUGGCGUUUACAUGCCAAUCAACAACAUCUUAUACCACCACCACCACAAUUACCAACAACAUUACAAAUAGCUAAUAUAUUAGCAUCUAAAGGACAAUUACCACAAGAUCCAAAUCAAGCUGCAGCACUUGUUGCUGCUUAUUAUUAUACAAAUUUUCUAACACGAACACAACAAUCACAACCGCCAACAACAAAUACAAUUCCAUUAUCGUCUAAUGUAAAUAAAAAUGUCUAUGAGACGAUUAAUAUACAACAACCAACUACUUCAAACAGUGAUGAUAUACCAUUAACUGCAGUUGAUCCAAUAAAUGGACCAGUUCAAGCACAAGUGAUUGUCGAUUCGAAUGUUAUCAUUGCUAAUAGUAAUCAUUCAAGUGGUUCUUCUUCAUCAUCAUCAUCUACAAGUACUAGUGGUGAUCACAAAAUGGUACCAGCUGCAAUUGGUAGCGAACGUAAACGUCAUCUACCUAUGCCAACGACUGUUGGUUCGAUGCCAAUUGGUAGUACUGGUGAUUGGUCUUCCGUUUCAAAACAACCAUAUCCAAUAGAUCCAUAUCUAUCACAGCAGCAGCAGCAGCAGCAGCAGCAGCAGCAGCAGCAGCAAGCUUCACUAUCAUCCGAAUAUCAACAACAACAACCGAUGCGUGACUAUACACGUUAG